AUGCAGGAAUUUCUUUGGAGAAACCACAGCUCUCUUACUGAGUUCAUUCUUCUUGGAUUCUCUAGUAAUGCAAAGAUCAAUCUUAUUCUAUUCAGCGUCUUUCUCAUCCUCUAUCUUACCACCCUUCUGGGCAAUGGGCUCAUUAUCACCUUGAUACGCAUAGAUUCCCGCCUCCACACACCAAUGUACUUUUUCCUCAGUGUCCUAUCCAUUCUGGACAUGGGCUAUGUUACCACCACAGUGCCCCAGAUGCUGGUGCAUCUGGUUUGCAAGAAGAAGAAGACCAUCUCCUACAUCGGAUGUGUAGCCCAGAUGUACAUCUUCCUGAUGCUGGGAAUCACUGAGUCUUGGCUUUUUGCAAUCAUGGCUUAUGACAGGUAUGUGGCCAUUUGCCAUCCUCUCAGGUAUAAAGUCCUCAUGAGCCCUUUGCUGUGUGGGUCACUGGUGGCCUUCUGUGGGUUCUGGGGUAUCAGCUGUGCUCUGAUAUAUACUGUCUCUGCCAUGACUCUUCCCUAUUGUGGCCCCAAUGAGAUCAACCACUUCUUCUGUGAAGUGCCUGCUGUCUUGAAGCUGGCCUGUGCAGAUACCUCCCUCAAUGACCAGGUGGACUUCAUCCUGGGUUUCAUCCUGCUUUUGGUCCCACUUUCCCUUAUCAUCAUUGUCUACAUCAAUAUCUUUGCUGCUAUCUUGAGGAUCCGUUCAAACCAAGGGCGGCUCAAGGCCUUCUCCACCUGUGCUUCCCACAUCACUGUGGUCACCAUGUUCUCUAUCCCGUGUAUGGUCAUGUAUAUGAGACCCGGCGCUAAGUCCUCCCCAGAAGAAGACAAGAAGCUGGCUCUAUUCUACAAUGUCAUCUCUGCCUUCCUCAACCCCAUCAUCUACAGCCUCAGGAACAAGGAUGUGAAGAGGGCUUUCUUCAAGGCCUUAGGCUGGGGCAAAGAGUCAGAAUGA